ACGCUGUCGAACGUAAAUUAAAUUUUUAUCGAAAUAUCUUUCAUAGAAAAAAAUUCAAUGAUAUUAUGAGAUUAAUUUAUAACAUUAAAAUAACGAAAUUGGAGACCAUUUAAAAAAAUUAACAAUGUCGAAUAGUAUAUUAUUGAGUGUCUCGGAAAGUUUAAAUGUAUCUGAAGUUGCACUUCGUCUUGUUAUCUCCAUCCUACUUGGAGCACCCAUUGCACUCUUUCACAGAUAUACUUUGUAUGGGAAAUGUCCGAUUUGUCAACAUAUAUUUUUUGCGUCCUGCGGUGUUUUGAUUUGCUUAUGGAAUUAUGGUUUUAAUGUGAUUCAUUCAGCAGCAACAGUAUACAUCAAUUAUCACAUCUUAAAAAGACUCGGGGGUACUUCCCUGUCAGUUUUUAUUAUUUUCGUCUUCAACAUGGCUUAUCUUUCAUGCGGAUAUUAUAUAACAAGUACCGAUAAUUACGAUAUAAAAUGGACAAUGCCUCAAUGUGUAUUAACAUUGCGGUUAAUUGGUGUCGCGUUCAACUUGUUAGACGGCCAAAAACCUGAAAAACAAUUGUCUGUAUCACAGAAAAGUCUAGCCUUAAAAGAGCGACCAACGUUUUUAGAAAUUGCAGCAUUUACAUAUUUUCCAGGAUCGUUUCUUGUCGGGCCACAGUUUAGUAUGAAAAGGUAUUUAGACUAUGUACACGGGCGGCAUAUGACGAGCGAUACGGACGAUUCUGUAAAACAAGAAAUUGAACCUCAUCCUGAUUGUCUCAUUCCUGGCAUUUCUCGAUUAUUUAUUGGAUUGAUAUAUUUGGUAUUCUAUCAAUUAGGGAAUUCAUAUAUACCCAAUGAAUAUUUAUUAAGUACAGAAUUUGAACAACAGGUUUUCUUGAAACGUCUUCUAUUGAUUGGCAUUUGGGGUCAUUUUAAUUUUUACAAAUAUGUUUCUUGUUGGUUACUAGCUGAAGGGGUUUGUACAAUUUUUGGACUAACUUAUAAUGGGAAAGAUGAAAAAGGCCGUCUUCUUUGGAAUGGUUGCGAAAAUGUCCAGUUGCUAAAAUUUGAAGCAGCAAUUCGAUUUAAUGAUUAUAUUAUGUCAUUCAAUAUAAACACCAAUAAUUGGUGUGCGGAAUAUAUUUACAAGAGACUGAAAUUUUUGGGAUCGAAAGUGUAUAGUCAGUUUUUAACGCUGCUUUUUCUCGCGAUAUGGCAUGGUUUUCAUUCGGGAUAUUAUAUGUGCUUCUUCCUCGAAUUUAUUAUCAUGUAUGCUGAGAGAGAUUUAACUGAAAUAUUGAAGAAUCAUCAGAAAUUACACAGCAUACUUAAAAGUCGUCUUGAACUUCGAGUACUUGUGUGGACUUUCAUGAAAAUAUACAGUUUUUGUUUUAUAGGUUACUGCCUUAUCUGUUUUAUUUUUUUGUCAUAUUCUCGUUAUCAUCAGGUUUACUCUUCCGUUUAUUAUUCCGGUCAUAUAAUUUAUCUGUUUUAUCCUCUUAUUUCUAUAUUAAUCAAAAGAUAUUCUCGUAAAAAACGUUCUGAAAAACUUGAACAUUAAUGUAACAAAAUUUAUAAAGACAUUUUCUUAUUAAUGGGUCAAAGAUAAGCAAAGAUGUUAUAGCAAUGAGAUGGUGAAAAAUAGCUUGCCAUUGAAAAUUGAAUCAUUGAAUAUUGAAUAUUAAUUAUUGAAUCACGCAUAACUUUUUAAAGUACAAGAAAUAUUUAUAAACUAUUUUUGGAAUGUGAUUAUAAUAA